AAUGUGAAUUCGGUGGAUUUACCGUGCGUGUGAUCAUUAUAGAUUACUCGUGUUUUGUUUCAUUCAAACGAUUGAAGUUGGUUGAACAUAACAGUUAUAAUCCAAUCCUUGAUGUUUUGCCCAGAUCCAUGCAAAAGGAAGUAAUCAGAAAAGCACAUGAAAUAGGACAUUUUGGAUGUAAAAAAGUUGAAGAACUAUUGAAGAAAGAAUAUUCCAUGUCAAAUAUGAAAACAAAAAUUGAGAGUAUUGAACGUCAGAUUUAUAUUAUAAAUGUGACAAAUAAAACGAAUUUUGAACAUGAUGCUAGAAUGAAUACAAUCCCUGGUUGCAUAAAAUCUUCAACAAUUUUGCAGUGUGGACCUGUAGGGAUUGAUUUUGUAAAUAAGAAAAACGUUUUUGCAGAAAUUGUUUUGGAUUAUAAUGAACAAGUUGUUGAAAAUCCAAAAAUCAAGAUUAAUCUUAAAAUUACGUUUGAAGAACAAAACAUUAUUUUAAAACACAAAAGAAUACAAUACAACUUCACAUAUGACGAAGAAGGAAUUGAAGAAUUGCAGAAUACUAUUAAAAGUAUAGACAGUAAAAUUCAAUUCAAAGUCAUUAAAAUCUAUGAGAGUAAUCUUUCUAGUAAUAGAACUUUAGCUCAUUCUACGGUUUAUGAUAAAUAUUUAAAAAUACAACUAGAUAUGAUUGAAAAAUUGUCUUUAUGGAAAUAUGUCAAAGAGGAGAGAGUUCUCAUUGCUUCUACUUCUACUUCUACUCUAUCCAAUACAACACUCAUAGAUUUUAUCAAUAACUCAACUACUUAUGAAAAAAAUGUAGCAUAUACUGUUAAGGAUGCAGAAAAUAUCAUGAAUGAUCGAACUUUUAAGUAUGCAUUUUUACUAGUCGUAUAUGUCUAUAGGACUCUAUUAAUUUACUAUGAUGCAAAAAUAAAUUGGGAAUUAGUUAAAACAUGUUUUACACUAUUGAGUAACGCACAAAUUAAAAGGAAAGAAUUCAAUAACAUACUUUAUGACCUACGUAUUGAUUUUGAUGUAAUUGAACCUGAUCGAACAAUAGUAUGUAAGCAAAUUAUCACACACUUAAUGGAAAAAUACUCAGGAUUAUUCAAAAUAAUUUUACAAAGUACAAGCCAAUUAUCAGAAGAUAAUUUAAUUAAAAAUACAUUUGAGGGAUUUCCUAAACCUCACGAAAACGACGUCAUCUCAUACAAUUUUCAGACUAUACCAACAGAAUUAUCUGUUAUAACGGAAAAAUUGGAGAAAAUUUUAAAGUUAAUAGAAACAGAAUACAGUUCAUUUUUGUCAAAAAAUUAUAAAGAGAUUUUAAAUGAUUCUUACUCGACUGUUUCGAGAAAUUAAAAAGUAUUUUUUAUUUUUUCUAAUUACAUAAAAAGAUACUGUGAGUGUUUCUUUCGUCAUAUACAAUUUAUGUAAUCGAAAAAUAAAAUAAAUAUGGAAUAAUAUUAAAAAUAAUAUUUUUUCUUUUAAAUAAAUAUUAA